UCCUCGUCAAACAUUUAUCACAGGUAGUAUAGUUAUCGGCUAGUCAGCGCAGUAGCUCUUCCACUUCAUCUCCCUCCGCACUCGGCCAGUAAGCUCCUUACAGCUCCAAUGGCGUCCGUGCUCAAUACGGUGUCGUCUAUCACCUUAUCGAAGCUCAACACCAACCGAGUUCGGGCUCAGUCCGCCUUCGCGCCGGUUUCCGUGUCGUUUACCAGAAGGAGGCUUACUGUUAGGGCUGCGGAGACCGAUACCAACGAAGCGGUUGAAUCUGCGGUACCGGAUAAGGCGCCUGCGAAAGGCGGUUCGAGCUUCAAUCAGCUUCUGGGGAUUAAAGGAGCUUCAAAGGAAACUAACACAUGGAAGAUUCGGCUUCAGCUGACAAAACCUGUAACUUGGCCUCCACUGGUAUGGGGAGUGGUUUGCGGAGCUGCUGCUUCUGGAAAUUUUCAUUGGACUUUUGAGGACGUUGCUAAAUCAAUAAUGUGCAUGUGCAUGUCCGGCCCUUUUCUCACUGGUUAUACCCAGACUCUGAAUGACUGGUAUGACCGAGAGAUUGAUGCAAUUAAUGAACCUUAUCGUCCAAUUCCCUCAGGAGCAAUAUCUGAGAAUGAGGUUAUUGCUCAAAUAUGGGUGCUGCUUUUAGGAGGCCUUAGCUUUGCUGGUAUAUUAGAUGUGUGGGCAGGACAUAACUUUCCAAUAUUAUUUUACCUUGCUUUGGGUGGAUCCUUGCUAUCAUACAUUUACUCUGCUCCACCUUUAAAGCUGAAACAAAAUGGAUGGAUUGGAAAUUUUGCCCUUGGUGCAAGUUAUAUCAGUUUGCCAUGGUGGGCUGGUCAGGCAUUAUUUGGGACCCUCACACCUGACAUAAUCAUCCUCACACUCUUGUACAGCAUAGCUGGGUUGGGAAUUGCUAUUGUAAACGACUUUAAAAGUGUGGAAGGAGAUAGAGAACUGGGACUUCAGUCACUCCCUGUAGCUUUUGGUUCUGAAACUGCCAAAUGGAUUUGUGUUAGUGCCAUUGACAUCACUCAGUUAUCAAUCGCUGGUUAUCUGCUAGGGGCUGGUAAACCAUAUCAUGCAUUAGCUCUCCUUGCCUUGAUAGGUCCUCAAGUCUUUUUCCAGUUCAAGUACUUUCUCAAAGACCCCGUCAAGUACGAUGUUAAAUAUCAGGCCAGUGCGCAGCCGUUUCUCGUGCUCGGUCUUUUAGUAACAGCAUUGGCGACAAGUCAUUGACAUUUUGAAGCACUUGGGUCGAAAAAGGAGAAGAAAAGAGAGAGAGAGAGAGAGAGAGAGAGAGAGAGAGAGAGAGAGAGAGAGAGAAAAUUACACGACCACCCAAUGCAGUGCUGCGGCAGUCAGGUAGAACAGCUAAUGCCAUCCUAUGUCUUCCAUCACUUGUAGCAAAGUUUUGUUGACGAUUACGAAUUAUCAUCUGUGUUUUGAUUACUGCCUUGGGAAAUGGAGGUUGCUGCUGUAAAUAUGGUGCUGCAUUUGGCGGUGUUCAUUUAUCUUUAGGGAAAUGAUGGAUUCAUUCGACCGCCGAUUUUGUCACACUUGAGAUUUCGUGUUGCUCGUCUCACUUGAGCCUAAUAACUAGAUUCUUCUGUUGUUCUAUAUAAAUUCUACCGUUUGUUGUGUUACA